UGAACGUAAUACUACGGUUAUUCGGAGAUAAACUAGCUUAUCAUGGCUCGUACUAAGCAAACUGCUCGUAAGUCGACUGGUGGAAAGGCUCCACGUAAACAACUGGCUACCAAGGCCGCCCGUAAGAGCGCGCCAGCCACUGGUGGUGUCAAGAAGCCACAUCGUUACCGUCCUGGAACAGUCGCUCUUCGUGAGAUCCGUCGUUACCAGAAGAGUACUGAGCUCCUCAUCCGUAAAUUACCAUUUCAACGUUUGGUGCGUGAAAUCGCUCAGGACUUCAAGACCGACCUGAGAUUCCAAAGCUCAGCCGUGAUGGCCCUCCAGGAAGCCAGCGAAGCCUACCUCGUUGGUCUUUUUGAAGACACCAACCUCUGUGCCAUCCACGCCAAGCGUGUUACCAUCAUGCCCAAGGACAUCCAAUUAGCCCGUCGUAUUCGAGGAGAACGUGCUUAAGUUAUUACAACAUCAAAACUUAAUAAACCAAACGGCCCUUUUCAGGGCCAUCAAAUUUUUCAUACGAAGAAAGUUUAACUCGUUUCUCGUUUAUUUUAUUGGUUACAAUUGAAAAACAAUGAAAUGCCAUAUUUAUCCCAAUUUCCCAACAAUACCAUACACGCUUUUCUUUCAAUUAAACACUGCCUAAUCAUACUAAUGCAUUUGCCUGCAAAAUACUAGUACUGCUGAUAAUAUUAGGGUACAAUUUUUGUUAUUUAUAAAAAUAUAUAUU